CCAGUGCCGGGCCAGUGCGCACACGACACUCGCACGCGGUAUACGACACAGCGUGUGAGACGCCGCGCUAUCGCGAUCACAACCCGAACACUAAUGUAAUACUUCACUGUUCAGUUCAAUACAAAAAAAAAGCCUUUAGUUUACGGAAAUAAAUAACAAGUUUCAAAAUGAUAACAAUGCUAACGAACUCUAAAAUCCUGUGGGCCCUGUGGCAAGUGGUGAGCUACUGCUCCUCGCGGACGACGCUGCCUCUGCUGCUGACCGUCCUCGUGAUAUUUCUGACGAUGCGGCUGAUCGGCAUAGUGCGUGAAAGCCGAAAGUUACCGCCCGGCCCGUGGAGUCCGCCCGUCGUCGGCUACCUCCCGUUCCUCGGAGUCCGCCACAAAACCUUCCUGGAGCUGGCGAAAAGUUAUGGUGCACUGUUCUCUACACGCCUAGGAAACAAACUGACUAUUGUGAUGAGUGACUACAAGUUGAUCAGAGAAGCGUUCCGUAGGGAAGAGUUCACCGGUCGACCGAGCACUCCGUUAAUGAAUAUUUUAGAUGGUCUCGGUAUCGUCAAUAGUGAAGGCCGUCUAUGGAAAAAUCAACGCCGGUUUUUGCACGAGAAACUGCGUGAAUUUGGCAUGACUUACAUGGGCAAUGGAAAAAAAGUCAUGGAAGCGAGAAUUAAGAGCGAAGUUCAUGAGUUGAUGGACAAUUUGCAACGAGCGGAAGGCGAGGCAGUUGACGCAAACCCACUGCUGGCUUUAGGUGUAUCAAAUGUCAUCUGUGGUAUAACAAUGUCAGUGCGGUUCAGUCACGGUGACCCACGAUUCGCAAGACUCAACCAUUUAAUCGAAGAAGGCAUGAAACUUUUUGGAGAAAUUCACUACGGAGAAUACAUACCACUCUACAACUAUCUUCCCGGAAAGGCCCUAGUGCAAGAAAAGGUAGCAAGAAAUCGUGAAGAAAUGUUCGCUUUCUACCAAACGUUGAUCGACGAACACCGGAACACUCUGGAUAUGGACAACGCGAGAGAUCUAAUUGAUGUAUACUUAAUUGAAAUAGAGAAGGCUAAAAUGGAAGGCCGCGACGGGGAGUUAUUUGAAGGCAGAGAUAAUGAGUUACAAAUGAAACAAAUACUGGGAGAUUUGUUUUCCGCCGGCAUGGAAACUAUCAAAUCGUCAUUGCUGUGGAUGAUCGUCUUUAUGUUGAGGAAUCCAGACGUGAAGCAUCGUGUCCAGGAAGAAUUGGACUCCGUCAUUGGCCGCGAACGCUUGCCUACGAUUGAAGAUAUGCCCAAUCUGCCUUACACCGAAACAACCAUACUUGAAACUUUACGGAUGUCGAGCAUUGUGCCUCUAGGUACUACCCAUUCACCAACAAAAGACGUUCACCUUAACGGCUACAGAAUCCCUGCCGGCUCGCAAGUCGUGCCGCUAAUCAACUGCGUCCACAUGGACCCAAACCUCUGGGACGAACCAAAUAAAUUCAACCCGAGCCGGUUUAUUGAUGAAAACGGAAAAAUCAAGCGGCCGGAGUUCUUCAUGCCUUUCGGCGUUGGCAGGCGGAUGUGCUUGGGGGACGUGCUGGCGCGCAUGGAGAUGUUCAUGUUCUUCUCCAGCAUGAUGCACCAGUUUGAUGUGGAGACGGAGGCCGGCGCCGCGCCGCCGUCGCUGGAAGGCACGGUGGGCGCUACGAUCGCGCCCAAAGCUUUCCGCGUGAAGUUCGUGCCGCGCGCGCCGCCCGCGCCGCCCGCCGUAGUAGCGCUAGACCACCCACACCUGCGCCACGUGGGCGCCCACUAGCGCGCAGGUCUCGCCGCCACAUACCCACCAGUAUUCCGUGAUCACUCGUUUUAGAGCGCAUCGAUGACAAAUUUAAAUUAAGUAGUAGUAAGUGACGACGUCGCCCCGGCGACUGUCUAGGCUGUGCAUAAAGUGUUCAAUAAAAUAGUAACCGAACUUUACUUUAGGUGUAUUGAAAAUUCCCAUCGUUGAGAUUAUAAAUUGUUAUUUUAUAACUUCAGUAUUAAGUGUAGGUUUUUCGAUCUAUGAGAUCGUCGUAAAUCACAUACAUCGAAUGAAGCAGUUUCGUAACGAAAUCUAGUUAGUUCAUUUACAUCUAAGUUCUAGUUCCCUAUACCAAAAUAAAUUUAAUUAAUAUUAUCGUUAUUUAUUAGUAAGUAUCACUUGAGAGUGUUGUCUGUUGAGUGCGAUCUCAUGUUUAAUGCGUUAUGUGUGAGUAAUGUUUUGUUAAGAUUUGUAUGUGUUCAUUUUACACUUCUAGUUAAUAUGUACCUAUCAUGAGUAAUAUACUAAGUAACAUUCCAUGGUAGUGUAAAACCGACAGCUAGUCUAGAGCGGUGAAGCAAGUCGCUAUAGGUAUAACAUCUCAAAUUCUAUUGUUAGCCACUGACGAUCAAGUAAGCCCAUCUGCCUGCAGCACUAACGACUGAUCAGCUGAUUAAACUGAUCGUGUGUUGGUCGCAAUGUGCAUGACAUCAUGCCGAUCGCGAAAAACACACGAUAAGUUUUAACGGUUGCCAAGCUGUUAGCGCUGCAAGCAUGUGAGCUCACUUGAUCGUCGGUGGCUUACAUAAGACUGACGAUAUGAAUUCUGUUUACAUCAUAAAGUUAAUAGUUCGCAACCAAGUUGCUUUGAAUUUGACUGUCACAUUUGUCACAUGUAUUGGCGUAUGAAAUUUGCCGUUUCGAGUAAAUUUACCAUUAUUUACGCUAGCUUUGUAAAUAUUGCAUUACUUUUAGUUGAUUAUAAUAUUGUACUUUGAAAUAAAUGAUAUUAAUUUUA